AUGUCAUGGCUGCUUGACAGCUCGGGCACAACGGAGAGGAUCUGCCCAGAAUCUCAAGUUUUGGAAGAUGAUGAUGAUGACAAUGAUGAAUUGAACUACUCCUGCCACUCUGUGUAUCCUCCACCCCAGUCCAAGAACUAUGAGAGUGUGAGUGAUAAUCAGGUGGAAGAUCUAGGAGAAGCCAUCCCAUUUCCCCUAAAUUCUAAGCACUCUCACUUGGUGAAAGAUGAAGGAGAGAAAAAUAGAAUAUAUGCUGAGAAGUUGGCUGAGUAUGCACAAGAGCUUGAGGAGGAAGCUCAGGAGUCUCAGACACCAUUUUACAAAGACAUGGAAGGGCUUGGCAGCUUGUCCGAAGAUGAGGAACACAGCUGGGCCUGUCACUUCCCUAUGCGUCAAAGGUCACACGUUCUCCGAACUGCAAGUACGGCAUCGUGUGGCUCCUAUGGCUCUUUCCCGUGUAGCACAGGCAAUCACCUGGGGAUUGAUGCCUUUGCCCUGUGGGCACAUGCCAGUGACCCUUAUCUGGGGUACCGAGAGUGCACCAAGGGAGCAGAGCCCCACAUGCUGUAUGAGGAAGCCAUCGGGGACAGGCAGUUCCUAUUGCUGCAGCUGACCAACGACGUGCUCAGGGAGGAGAACACCAUUCUCAGAAAGGUGGUGAAGUCCAUGCAGAGCUCCAUGAAAAGCCAGGUGUGCAUGAUACAGAAGCUGGAGAGGCAGCUGAAGGCCAGACUGGACAAAGAGAAGAGGGACGCCCAAGAGCUACAGUCCUUUAUCCAGCGGAGUGAGUGGAAUCUCCAGCUAAUGACCCAGCGGGCUCUGGAGGCAGAAAGCAAUGUGGAAAAGCUGAAGCAGAAGAUCUAUGUUCUCCAGGGAGAGCUGGAGAGCUCCAAGGCAGAGAACAAAAAUCUGAAAGCGGGCCAAACAGCCGACCUGGGCACAACGAAGCACAACAUAGAUUUUGCCUUGCAGAACCUCCACAAGAUAAUAACAGGAGCAAACUGGUCCAUCAAACAGCUCAUCUCUGGAGCAGAGUCACUGCAUUUUGUUGCUGAGGUCCUUGAAUCUACUGGCAAAAUUCAUGAAGUUUAA